CGGAAUGGCAUUUCGAAAUUAAAUACCCGCCUCAUGUCUACAGUAUAGACUCGAACCAGCUUCCAGCUUUUUGUUUCACUGUUUCACCAUUCUACUGCUUUUUCUGCGGAUCUCAACAUGACUUCACUCUUAGAAUUUUAUAUUCUUUCUGUCCUAGUAUUCUUGCUUGAGAGAUUGGUUUACCUCGAAAACUGGUGGUACGAAGAUAUUUGGUCCCGGUGGCGGCCUUCGAGUACUACUAUUCUGGAUAAGCUUGUUCUGAGCAAAGAGGAUGAGAUAUGGCACGCAGUCAUCUUUGGUAACAAUGGAGAUAUCCGAAAGAUUUUCGAAGACCUCACAAAUAACCUAGAGGGGCGUGUGAUAUCCUCUAGUAAUGUCUCAAGCAACGGCGGAGUAGCUUUCUCGUCAAGUAACCCUGGGGCAGUUUCCUAUUCAGGCAAGAUCGAGGCAGGAUCCUUAUUCUAUCGCCCGAAAACUAAACUUCAAAAAGCGGUUGAGACCGAUAUUGCAGAGAAUGAGGUCUACGGCAGUCGCGGUUCGGGGUACAAAAUGGCCGUACAAGCCCGCCUUGAAGGCAUUGCAGAUCGAUUGGCAAACUUAAGUCGAAAGUUAACAAAAAAGGAAAGACAACGUGCAAAAGAGUGGAUGCCUGGCACAGUUUCGGUCCUAUGGAUGGCCAUCUGUCGAGGCCACAAGUCAGAUGUGGACUACCUACUGACAAAGCGCAAUCUAAAGCUGCAUAUGCAGAAUACGCUUUCGCAAGAGACAGUUCUCCAUAAGGCCGUAUCAAAAGAAGACUGCGAUCUUGUAUGCGAUAUCCUCGAAAAGAGCUCCUCCACGUCACCGGAGACGUACAUCAAUGUUGGAGACAUCUUGUCCAGGACUGCAUUACACAACUUGGUUUUUGAUUCAGUUAGUGGUAUCUUGUUGACUAACGUUGAUGGUCUAGACAAGACUCUCAAGAUAUUUGCUUCAUUAUCGGAAUAUGGUGCAAAUAUAAACGCUUUAGAUUGGCGUUUUAUGACUCCGCUUCAUCUAUUGCUCUCAGCAGCCCUCGGCCAGGAAGAAAGGAACCGCAAAUCUGAGUCCCUUAUACCUCUCUUGGAUAGCCUCCUAUUGGCCGGAGCAGAAGUGAAUACCAAAGACAUGGAAGGAAAAUCACCUCUGCACAUCGCUUGUGAAUUACAAAAUCUGAAAGCAAUCGAGAUGCUGGUCCGCAACGGUGCCGAUCCGGAAACUCUAAAUCGUGAUGGGAAGACCCCUAGACGGAUUUUCUUAGAUAGUCAGGGGUCGGAUAAAGAUUUCUGGAAGCGCAUGACUAUACUAUCCCGCGAAAAGCAAACGAUCGGUGCAGACCACUUCGCCCCAUCGAGGAAGCUUUCACAGAGCCACAGCAGAAAUUCCAAGGCAAGAAUGGCUGUCUGCGAUAAAUCUCCAGUCUAUUGUCGCUACCAAAGAAAUGAACUUGCCACUGAGAACAGCAAUCCUCUGUAUUGGACCGCGACAGAUAAGUCCGUAUCCGACGUUCUUUAUCCAGAGAAUUGGCCGAAAGACACUACUUUCCUCGCUGAAUGCGAGAAGGAAUGUCAAUGCGCCUGGGAGGAUCUUUUCGAAUCGUCUAGAGAAGUAGACCACCAAGAUGAACAUCAACCUGAGCUGAAGUCUACAGCCGGGAAAGCUGCAGAAGUUAAUAGCAGCUUCAUGAUGGCUAAAGAUACAUGGAGAUGGGUGAACUUCCCUGCAAAUAAUAUUACAUGGAUUAGAAAAUUCAUCGAAGACAAUUCCAAUAUUGAUGACACCACUUGGAAAUUCUUCGAAAAGAACAUGAAGGUCCGCGACGCGAGAAACAAUGGUUGUCGCAUCAGAGAACCUCAUGCUCAUAUGAUGAGCAAAGAUGCCCCUAAAUCAACCAAGAAUGAUCAUGGCGAAAACACCAAAACCAGAUCAAUGGUAUCUCUUGCAAUUCCGUUUAUAGAUAUUGAGGUGGAACCCAAUUAUUCUUCUACAGCAACACAGGGUGAGGAAGCCUAUUCUCCCUUUACCGGGUUAUAUGGAGUACAGAUGCCACAAACCUUAGACCAGACUUCUAUCAACGCCGAGAGUCUGUCGAAAUUGCGAUGCAAGGAGAACCAAGUCAUUUACCGAUGGUCCCAAAAACAGGACUCUGCACAGCUAGAGCAACUUCCACUAGAAUGGAGGGCUCGGAAUCCGUUUUCCAAAACCCAAUCUUUGCUGCGUAAAAUAAGAGGACGAAUCGAAGAGUAUGAGAACAAAGGAACUCUAGGUUCAUCUUCAGGCCGCACGGGGCGAGCCGGCGGGGGCGAAGGGGCUGGGGAUUCAACUAGGAUGCAGAGUAUCCGCAAGGAACGUCGUCCAAAAUGGCUUAUGGUUCGGCAGCUCUGGCUCUGGAAAUUAAACGACGGCACUAUUCUUACUGCGAUACCGUCGCGGAGAAAUAUGUGCAUGGCAGAUGACUUGCUAGAAACUAUCCGGGAGAGCAGUUUGCAUAAUAUCUCCAGUGUCGAUGACCUUAUGAAGCAUAUUGUGCAGGAAACAAUCACCUUUCCAGACAAGUUUAUGCGGGCCGGGCUCGGCCAGCAUAUACUUGAUGUAUUUGAAAGCGAGCUCGCCUCUGAGGCCGAUGAAGAAGCCACUUUCUAUAACAACUUCACCCAAAACGACUGGGAUUCCAAACAAGCAAACAGAGCUAUCAGCUGCACCUGGCACGUAAAGGAUAUUCGUGACGAGCUAGGCCUCAUCCAGAAGGUCUCUUCGAGUCAGUUGAAGGUUGUCAAGCAAUUUUCCAGGAUUCUUGCGCCACAGCAGGCGAAGACCUUCGUAGACCCGGACUACAUUCGCCCUCUCGUGUCAGAAUUAGAGGGUAUGAUAAACCGGAUCAAGUUUAUGGAUAACGACGCCGCUAAGACCCUCGAAAGUCUCAACAACAUCACUCAGGCAAUGCUAGCCCAAGCGUCGCUGAAAGAGGCAGAGUCGGCACGUUUGAUGAAUUUCAUCAUCCUCCCAUUUACUAUUGUUACUGUUAUCUUUACCCCUCUAUCGUUCAUGACAAGCCUCUUCGCUGUUAACUCGGAUGGUUUCCCGCAUAAUGAGGACGGGGAGCUUCGCAUACCUUCAGAUUGGUUUUGGCGGAAGAUGGUAAUCGGGGAGUUUGGGACUCUGGUCCCACUUCUCAUAUUUGUCCUGUUCCUAUAUUAUUCGCGGAGGGGUCCGAGAAACCUUUCUCGAGAACAACCAGUAGGAUAAGCAGUAGUUAAUAUAGCAUCUUCCGCCAGUUUCAUCACCUCUGGCGCUUUUAGUGGCCUGAUCGCCGGCAAGACGGACAGACCCGCCCCGUCGCAUCUUCCUUUUGAUGUGGUGGAUCUUUCAUAGCUAUGGUAUCGAAUGUUAAAUUAGAGUCUGAUCCGAUAUAGUGAGAGCACAAUGGUGCCAGCAAUCACGCGGGGGGCGCCGUCGCUGGCUACCGUGACAAUAUCGCUGGCCGGUGAUGUAAAGCUGCAGUCAAUAAUAUUAUCAUAAAUAGCUUGUUUU